ACCCGGAUAGUUUACCACUUAACUUUGGGUCUAGUGUACCAGUUGGGGCCCUUUCGCUGGCUGGCCGGCGGGGAGGGGGGAGCAGAUUGCUCCCUGGGGGAAAUCAAUCGGUACUCUAACUAACCUAACCUAGUCUAAGCUUUGUGCUUGUGCUUUGUGCUUGUGCCUGUGCUCCUGCUCUGCUCGCCAGGCUGAAAGCUGCUGCGCGUCUGGCAAUAACGUACCGUAUGUAGCUCGGAAGGCUGGAGCUUCAGUCGUCAACUUCAUUUCAGCGCAACUCAACAUUCUGACGACGACGAUAGUUUUUGACGUUGCGACGCACCCUCGUACGCAACCAUUAAUUCUUUUCCACGGUCCCUGAUACAAAUUGUCACUUCGUUUCUGCGUCAGCCAUCUCAAAAGACACCCCGAAGCUCUCCACAUCCAGCUGCUUAUAAUACCACCUGAACCAAGCAUCUUCAGUGACUUCUGAUCUUCUCUCAAAAUGGAGGUCUUACUGGGAAUCACUGGCAAGGACUUUACCUUGAUUGCCGCCUCCAAAGCCGCCAUGCGUGGAGCCACCGUUCUCAAGACCUCAGACGACAAGACCAGACAGCUGAACAAGCACACCCUGGUCGCAUAUUCCGGUGAGGCUGGUGAUACCGUACAGUUUGCAGAGUACAUCCAAGCCAACGCUCAGCUCUACUCGAUGCGCAACGAGACCGACCUCUCCCCGUCCGCCCUGGCCAACUACGUCCGUGGCGAGCUUGCCCAGAGUCUGAGAUCGAGGAAGCCCUACAACGUCAACCUCCUGCUCGGCGGCGUCGACCCCAUCACACAGAAGCCCAGCCUCUUCUGGCUCGACUACCUCGCUGCAUUGGCACCCCUGCCCUACGCCGCCCACGGUUACGCACAAUACUACUGCCUAUCCAUCCUCGACAAGCACCACCAUCCAGAUAUCGACCUGGAACAGGGAAUCAAGCUUCUGGAGCUGUGCACAGAUGAGCUGAAGCGAAGAAUGCCCAUCGACUUCAAAGGCAUGACGGUCAAGGCAGUAACAAAGGAUGGAGUCAAGGACAUUCCGUUCGACGACGACAAGGUUGUUAAGGCUGCUUAAUCUGGAAGGAAUCAUAUGAUGUUGUGAGAUGCAUAGGGUUGUGCAUUUGUAUCAUACCAACGAACAGCUACGAAUACCACUAAAGUUCUAGUACUCACCACAGCAUU